AUGGUCACCACACGAAACGGGAAGCGCACAGCCGCCGAGGCGCCCGCCGCAGCUGCGACCACCAAGAAGCAGAAGCUCCCGGUGCGGGCAAAGGAGGGCAAGACGGCCGCCAGCAAGAAGGAUGAGACCAGCCGAUCGUCAUCAUCAAAAAAGAGGGCCUCCUUUGUCGUGGAGCUGAAAUCGGAAGCCGGCGCGGCUGCGGGCGCGCAGGACGUCAAGGAGAAGCAGAUCAUCACAGGCGCCGAGCAGCCGGCUCCCAGGACGGACGCUGAUGAGAUUGGGGAUUCUGAUGCCUCGCCCGAGUCGAUUGGCGACGAGGCGCACGAGGCUGCGGAACAGCUUGCGGCGGAGUCCAAGACGGCGCUCGUUGCCGAGGGAGGCGACGACGACGAUUCCGACUCGGAUGCGGCGCCUGAGGCAGUUUCUACGUCCAAUGCUGCCGUGCAGGCCAAGAAGUCUGCGCAGGCUGCCAACAAGGCCAUUGCAGAACAACAAGCCAACCAGAAGCGCAAGCGCCAAGAGCGCAACGCCAGGCUCCAAGAACAGGCCGCGGCGCGCAAGGCUCAAGAGGACGUGGCACCGGCGAAGAAGUCGAGUAACGAGGAGGAGGAGGAGGAGAGCGAGGAAAAGACGGAGACUCCGGCGCGGGAAGCCGCCACUACAGGACGCCGGAAGAGGCUGGAUCUCCCUUCGGAGCUCCCGGCCGAGUUCCUCGAGUCCGACUCGGAGGACGACGGCGAGACUGAGGACGGGGCGGGGGAUCGCAAGCCCCGCAAGGCACGGAAGCUCGAGACGGCGGAGGCCCAACUCCUGCGCGAGGCCCGCGCGCCCAGGGACGAGGUCGUCGGCACGACUGUGUUCCGGACCGUCAAGAAGGAGGACGAGAGGCUGGCGCCCAAGGCGCAGAAGUAUUCUGUCAAUGCCAAGAAGGCGUUGCUGGCCCGUGGUAGGGCGGCGGUGAAGGCGCGCAGGGGGUUUUUGGUUUAG